CUGUCUCUGUCCACCGCAGCAAUCCUAGCAAUCCUUUACCGCACGGAACGGAACGUCGGCUCCGGGAUAACAACACACAAAUCUGGAAGUUUGCGGCACAAGUACACCCUUUGGUUCGAGCCGGGUUAUCGCACAAAUUCCGAACGAAAACCACUUCCAGUGCAACCGGUGACGCUUAGGAUUGGAGUGGUGCAAACUUUCACAAUCCGUCGAAAUUGCCAUCCCAGUGAGCGUGUGUCGGCGCGCGACCGCCUAGUGAUAGAGCAAGGAGCAGCCGCGGUGCAGAAUCUGGAUACGAAUUUAUCACACAAUGGCCAUCAAGCCCGGCAUGGGAAGGAAGUCUUCCAGCAAAAAUCCUCCCUUCUUCAGCCACGAGUUUGUAAUUCAAAACCAUGCGGACAUCGUGUCAUGCUUCGCGAUGAUCUUCGUCGUGGGAAUUAUGCUCCAGCCGACCCAAUCCGUAGCUAGUACCUUCAUUGCCUUACGCCACAAUGUAUCCGGAGCCGAUCCAACGCAAGAGAACCCGAUGGGGGUCCAAUACCUGUAUACGUCCGGCUGGAAGGACGCCUGUGCCGUGUUCUUCUACACCCUCAUCUGCAUCAUCAUGCACGCGAUCCUCCAAGAGUACGUGCUGGAUAAAAUUUCCAAAAAACUGCAUCUGUCAAAGUUCAAACUGUCGCGCUUCAACGAGUCCGGCCAGUUGGUGGUGUUCUAUGCGAUGUCCUUCCUCUGGGGGCUGGAACUGAUCGUUCGCGAGCAGUACGUUGGCAAUCUGCAGCGGCUGUGGGAAGGAUACCCGGAGCAUCCAAUGAUUUUUCUGCACAAGCUGUUCUUCAUCAUCCAACUCGCCUACUACGCUCAUAUGCUGCCGGAGCUUUACUUCCAGAAGGUGAAACGAGACGAACAGAAACCCAAAGUCCAGCACGCACUCGGAGGACUUUUCGUCAUCGGCACGGCCUACUUCCUUGGAUUCCAACGCAUCGCCCUGGUGCUUCUGACCCUGCACUACUUCUGCGAGUUCAUUUCGCACUCAUUCCAGUUGAUCGACAUUUUCGACAAGGAGGAAAAAUUCACGAAAUUGCGCUUGGUUCACAACGUCUUGUUUAUUCUUACGCGCUUCGCGACGAUGGUGCUGGCCCUGCUCACUCUAUUCUACAGCAUCGAAAACAUCACGCAAACCACGCGUGCAUUGAUGCUCUCCAUGGUGUUUGGUCUACAGGGAUAUUUAAUUUUCGAUUUCAUUUCGAACGUGCUGCGUUCGAAACGGGAAAGCUCUACGGAAGAGCGCACCAAGGUCGCGGCUAGCACAAACAAGACUGAAAAACCCAAGAGACAGAAAAAGAGGGAAAGCGAUCUACCGGAAGCGGACCAAAACUCGGCCCAAUCCUCACCCUCCGCCAGUGGUGCCGCUAGCGGCAAGGCUCGUAAGGUGAAAGCCAAGUAACGAGCAUCUCCGUUCCAGGGCGUCGCUUUUUCCAUCCAUAGUUUUGUGGCCGCCUCGGGCUUACCUCCGAAGCAAGUAAUCCAACAACAUCGUGCUAUCAAGUCGCCACGAUGCCCGACAGAAAUG